AUGUAUUGUCAGAAGUGCCGCCAGCCACUGAAGCUGGACGGGUCCCUCGAAGAUCUUAAUCCAGCUGCCUACGACCUCCUCAUCUCUUCGAGCACUCCACAAGACGAAAGACCGUCUACGAACCAACCGUCUGCAAAGCCUGCCGCCCAGGCAUCGGCUCGCAAAGCGCUUUAUGACAAGGUCUCCCGCAAUAACCCACAACCAAUCUUCACGCGGAAUCAUGGAGGCUCUCGCCGCGACUCCGCCAUGUCAUUCAUCUACCUGACCGAAUCCCAAGUCGGGCAUUCGCAGAUGCCUCCCGAGCCAGCGACCGUUCCCCCACAACUUGCACAGGCGGACAGCAACCGCGCUACAAAGGAUCGAACGCCGGCCACCGAUAUGGGAAAGAUUGAUCGUUUAUUCGAAAUAUUGUCAUCACGGUCAGACAUAGAUCAUCCAAUAUGUGUCGACUGCGGAGACAUGCUGGUUGAAGGGUUCCAAAAGCGACUAAACACAGCGCUCAAGGAGCGAGAUUCCUACGUGAAACACUUGCGACAUGUACAAGCGAACAAACCAAGCAAAGAGAAUAUCAAGGCACAGCAAGAAGCGACCAGAAAGGCCCUGACGGACAAAGAGCAGGCUACGACAGAGCUCAGGAGAUUGGAGGCUGAAAAGGACACUCUUGACACUGAGAUUCUCGAAUUGGAGGAGGAAGCACGCAAGCUGGACAUGGAGGAGGAGUUGUUCUGGCGAGAACGCAACGACUUUGCUGCCAAAAUGGCCGACUUUCAAGCAGAAAGGGACAGCGUCAACGUCAAAUACAGCAACGACUCGCAGCUCCUGGAAAAGCUGCAGCGAUCCAACAUCUAUAACGACACGUUCUGCAUCAGCCACGAUGGUAGCUUUGCGACGAUCAAUGGCCUGAGACUUGGUCGGCUGUCUAACAAACCAGUCGACUGGCCGGAAAUCAACGCCGCAUGGGGCCAUGCUCUGCUUCUCUUGGUCACUGUUGCAGACAAGCUCGCGUACAAAUUCCAGGGUUACGAAGCCCAGCCCAUGGGCAGCACCUCUAGGAUCAUCCGAUACGAUGUAGCGACUUCCUCAUCAAACAGGAGCGGAAACCGCGGCACCGUGCAGCCGCCACCCAAGAAGCAUGCACUUGAGCUGUUCAGCUCUGGCGACAUGCCUCUCGGCCUCACAUUCAUGCACCGAAAAUUCGACAAUGCCAUGGUAGCCUUUCUAGAGCUAGUACGGCAAUUGGGGAUACAUGUCGAGCAGCAGACCGAAGCGUCUGGUAACAUGCUGAGCCUACCUUACCGAAUUGAUGGGGACAAGAUCGCAGAUGUGUCCAUCAAGCUUGGCAUUGCGCAAGACGACGGAUGGACGAAAGCUUGCAAGCUCACGCUGACCUGCUGCAAGUUUCUUCUCGCCCACGCCGCCCACACAAAUUCUUCUGAGACGAGGGCGUCUGGCUGA